GUGUGUGUGUGUGUGUGUGUGUGUGUGUGUGUGUGUGUGUGUGUGUGUGUGUGUCUGUGUGACGAGUUCUUUUCCCUGUACUUGUUGCUUCCUCUCAGCGUGAACAGUUUGGCCGCUGAUUGUCACUCACGUCUCAUUAUUCGAAACCCAAACCGUUGAAAGUCAUUCGUGUUGGUCCAUGACGUAGGACGCAGCAUGGCAGACUUCGUGGAGACAGACAGCCCCUUACCCACGCCCACUCUCGAGAGAAAGUUCAUCGGCGCCAGGCAGGACCCUAAGAGCACCCCGCCCUUCGUCAGGAAAGGCUGCUUCAGGAGGAAAGGUGGCGGGAAGGCGGAGGGCAGUAGCCAGAAGCGAGACGGCCGAACCAAAGAAAAAAGCUCGCGAAAGGACCAUGAUAAGGGUGGGGUGGUGGCGACCUCCUACAGGAAGUUAUGCCACACCCUUAGCUCGGGUCGCAUGAACGCCAAGGAGAGCCACAGUGCCGCUGUCACCUCCCAGGAGUCUCGCCCCUCACCCACUGUCACCCACCACGUCAUCAGCACAAACGGGUCGGUUGUAACCACACCCACCCACACCAUAGCUCAAACUGUUGCCUUGCACACAAAGACACCGCCUGAUCGCAGCAGCGGGAAAGGAGGAGAGAAGCAACGCAGCUCAGGAGAGAAGCCGGUCCGACGUGCCGUGCCUGCCGUGCCUGCUAGGAGCAGCGCAGCGCAGCAGGAGAACAGUGAUGAGGAAGAGAAAGCGGAAGAGAACAAUGUGGUCUGUCUAAGCUUCAAGAAAAUCAGUGAUACAGACACACAGUUUGAGACAAACAUGACCCAGCGCAGCGUCCCGGACUGCGCGGGACAAGACUCGGCAAGAAACGACAUCAUGCACACACAGACCAAAUGUUCAGGAGCAGCAGCCAAGGAAGGUGAUGAGGGCAAGGACGGUGGCCAGGCGGCUGUUCGGUCAGUCCGGCCCACUGGCUGGGCAGAGCCGCUGUUUAGACCUGAAGGGUCUCCCAGUGGCCGUCUCAGGAAUAAGUCUGCCGUCGCUGAGGAGCACAUAGGCAUAAUACUGAGGCGACAGCCAGGCCGGAGCAGCGACAGGAAGAUUCCAAACACUCCAGAGCGCACUGUGGCUGUCCUGCGGCGGGGCAGCCUGCAGGACAGGUGCUUCAUGCGAUGGUCCACCUUCACCGAUUUUGAUUUUGAAAGCACACCAACUUAUUUUGAAAGCUCAGAGACUUGUGCUGAAGAGAAGAUAGAAGCCUCCCCCAGCAGGACGCGCAGAAAAGAUGUUAGUUCCCGCUGCCACAGAAACACAGACGAGAGUCCUCACAGACGCGAAGAGACCAGCCACAAGACACCCGAGGUCAGGAAGCCUGACUCCUCACCUCUCAAUCAGCCUGCUCUAGGUGGUGAAGCAAGCCUGGCUGACGCUGUGGGGAGCAAGGACACACCACAGCAGCGAGAGGUGGCCCUGAAGAAGGCCCUUAUGAAGCUUGGUGCUGAGUUUGGGAAAAAAUCUGAGAAGUCUAUUUUUGACAACUUGGUAAGCAUCUGCAGCGAGACCAUGGCGAGCAGCAUGAGGCAUUGCCAGGCUGAGUCCCCGAACGAUGCGCCCGGCAAGAUGACGGACGUGGGCAGGGAACAAGCAGCCCUUCUGUUUGGGGGCAUUGUGAAGGAGUUUGUCGCUAGACUCCCCUCCGAUGUGGACCAGAUAAGGACCAGCCUACUUACAGACCCACUAGCUUCUGAGAAUCUUUCUGGCCCUUACUAUUCGCCAUCACAAGAACCAACGGACACCUUAAAAGUGAUGCAAGAGGCCAUUGAGAAAGCCUGCGACGGGCUGCUAGCCACCAACGUCCCUGAGGUCCCUGAAGAGCCUCCCCAAGCAGCGCCAGACUCACAGGCCCCUGAAACUACUGACACAGGCGCCCCUGUGCGCCGCGACGACACCAAGACGAACACUUUUGUUUUUCCUUCUUUCGCCAAGAUGGAGGAGUCCAAGGUGCUCAGCCGGAGAGGCUCGAUGGACAGGAGAGCCUCACUUGACCUCCAGGAGUUUUCAAGGGUCCGCUUAAGUAAGACUGGAAAAAUCGAAGUGGUGAAUGAUGGUAGCGGAACUGACGAUGAUUUAGACCGCGAAGACGAGACCCAAGACUCUCCCCGCCCGCCUGACGACCCGCCGCCCGCCAGCGACACUCCGCCCGUCACGAAACGCAGGCCCAGUUUAACAGAGCGGCUCAGUCAGUGGCGCCUCUCCUGGAGUUUCAAAAACAACCCGUUGCCGCCACAGCCGCUGCCAGUGAGGAGCGAGUCUCUCAAGCUCCGGGCGCAGCAGCGGCGGGGCAGCGUGCCAGAUUUUCCUUCCCGUCGGUUCUCGUUUUCCGGGACAUUUAACGAUUUGCAUCGCUCGUACCAGAACCAGCAAGAGUCGAGCAUCACCGAGGCUCCUCCCGCACUGAAGGGCAAGGCCUUCCUCGAGCAGCCCACGUCAGCCGCCGCCAAUCGCAGGCGAGGCUCGGUGGCAUCCUGCCUCACCCUGGCGCCGCCCCAAGCCGACAGCGUAUAUGCCAGGAGGGCAAGUUUUGAUGACCGGCUGAAGAAAAGCGCCAAGGAGUCAGUGGACAAAGCCUCUGACGCCUUCUCUUACUUCCUGGACUACCCUGUGCUGCACCAAGAUGCGCGGGAGUUGGCGCGGCAAGAGCUCCACUCUGCGCUGCGGGAGUCGUGCAGCCGUGGGGAUGUGUCGCGCGCCAAGGCCAUCCUGCGUGACCUUGGGGCAGAGGCACAGAUCAUCAUUAACUCUGCCCCCAAUGGUUCCAACACUCUUCUCUUUAAGGCGUGUGAGGAGGGCCAGCGAGAGAUGGUGCGGCUGCUGCUGGAUCAUGGGGCGGACGGCAGGAUCCACCCAGUCACCAAGUACUCACCCCUCUACAUCGCCUGCUACUAUGGCCGCAGGGACAUUGCCGAGAUGCUGCUCAAGAAGUUCCCGUGCCUGGCGUGUGUGUCUACAGUGGAGCGGUGGCUGCCCCUCCAUGCCUGCAUCAUUAACAGCCACAUGUCUGUGCUGGAGUUGCUACUCAAGUUCCCCUACCCAGAGGAAGCUCUCCAUAAGUACUGGGACAAGACAGGUCAGUUUGAGUAUGACAUGGCCUUUGACAUCAACAUGAAGGAUGUGACGGGACAGAGUGCCCUGUACCUGGCCUGCUACGUGGGCAACCAGAAACUUGUGGACCUUCUGUUGAAGCACAGAGUCCAGGGCCACCGGGUGAAGAGUAAAGAGGAAUUAGAGGAGGGAAGUCUGAAGGAUCAAGAGACCAGCAGCAACGACUCAAAGUCCAGCAGCCGAGAAAACACCAAAAGCAGCCUCAACGCCAACACAGACUCAGCAGAGAAGACAGAGGAGGUGACAAGUCCCACCAAGCACCGCAUCUCUGGGGGCAUCCAGGCACUCAUGUCCAAGCUGAACCUGGUCAAGACAGACAAUGCUCACAAGGACAACAUGUUAUCCCCGCUGGACAUCGACAUGUAUUGCAACAGUAACACAGAAACUGCACUCCAUAUUGCCGUCAAGAACAAGCACCACAUCAUAGUGUCAAUGCUCCUGACGGCAGGAGCCAAUCCCAAUCUGAGGGUAUACCUGCCAGACGACGAGAUGGCACGACUUGCUGAGGAUGAGUACAUUUUCACAGGAUCCACUGCCCUUGUGGAGGCAUGCCGCAACAGAGACCUGGGCAUGCUGGACCUUUUGCUGAAGAGCCAUGCCCGGGAUGACGAGUGUAAGGCGCUCUUCAUUGCUGCUCACGCCAAGGAUGAAGUCAUUGUGUCCAAGUUGCUUGCCCUCAAGGCUCACCCUGAUCCAGAGUUCAAGGUCAACAAGCGAGCCCUGGACAUCAAACCUAGCCAACAGUUCAGCUCCCUUAAUGUGGGCAGUGGUGGGGGAGUGUACUCCUCCCUUGCCCCCUCCACCCCUGUCAUGAUCAACUGGCACGGCCAACGCUGUCUCUCCUACCUCAAGGACCAAUGGCUGGUGGAUGCCUCAGUAAAUCUGAACCCCAAGCUGAGGCUGAGUCCCCGUAACCAGGUCAUUGCACUGUACGCCAUCACCAGGCUGGACAUCUCCAACAACGCCCUCACAGAGCUGCCAGACAUGAUCUUCCAGCUGCCCAGCCUCAAGAUUCUAAAUGCAGCCCAGAACAAGAUAGAGAAGUUGCCUCCCUCCAUUGGCCAGUUCAUUGAUGGCACUGUGACACUGCCCAGGAAAGGCUCAAAGAAAGAGCUGUUCCAAGGCCCUCUAUCUGUCCUGGAGGAAGUGCACUUACAGGACAAUCGGUUGGACAACUUGCCGGAUGGAAUUUUCACCCUGCCAGCUCUGCAGCUCCUGGAUGUGUCCAACAACAAGCUGUCUUCUCUCCCCUACAAGAUCUGGACUGCACCAAAACUUAGGGAGCUCAAUGUGUCCCUCAACCUGCUGCAUGACCUUCCCGUGCGGCCUGAGGGUCACGGACACGACUCAGGAAUUGGGUCAGAUGCCAUGAGUGAGGUCAGUGAUGAGGACAGCAUGUCAUCCAUGAGUGACCUUCACCUCAGUCUCCCUGACGACCUCACAGAAGAGUCUCCAGCUCGCCGGAAGACUCCUGACCCAAGAGGAGUGCUGUCUUUGGGGAAACACGGCAAUGUGGUGACUUGCUGCCGGCGGCGAGAGCUGAAGCAUCACAGCCUGUGGUCAAGCACUGUGGAGAUACAGGAGUCACUGAUUGGGGUGAGGGAAACAGAGGAGGAAACUUUGUCCAAUCUACAGUCCCUCAAUCUGUCCCACAACUCCUUCAUGUGCGUCCCCAACGGCCUGGCCUGCCUGGCCCUUUCCCUCAACCGUCUCAACCUCAGCUAUAAUAGACUAACAGAGAUGGGCUCAGCAAGCAGCUACCCUGUGGGGUUGAAGCAGCUGGACCUCUCCCACAAUCGCAUCCGAGCCUGGCCCACUGUUGCCCGUAGUGAGUCCCUGGAGAGCCUGGAGUCCACAGUCUCCUCCUGUUAUGCCCUGGCUGAAAUUACUAAGAACAACAAAUUCUUGUGUCCAGGUCGCAAGUAUAACCAGAACUUGAGUGUUGCCCGGGCUCGGGGAGGAACAAGCUCUCCUAUGGGUAUCCCCACCCCUGGCAGCUGCAUCCACCGCCGCCACAUGCGCCUGGAGUCGCUGCGCACCCUCAUCCUGGCAGACAACAAGCUGACACGCCUCUCACUCUAUCUGGAUGACAGUGACUUCUCUCUUGUGACUGAAGUUGAUGAAAAUGAAGCAAGCCCCGUCCGAACCAGCACUCCUCGAAAGUCUUGGUUACUCUUCCCCAACCUUUCAAUGCUGGAUGUGAGCAACAACCAGUUGCGGGACCUCCCCACCACCCUCCACGAGCUGACCAACCUCUCGGUCCUGAACAUAUCCGGCAACGACGACAUCACAGAGCUGCCUCCGGAGAUGGGUCUGCUCUCUCGCUUGUGGAACCUCAACACUCGAGGCUGUUCCCUGCAGGAGCCACUCAAGUCCAUGAUUGAAAGCAAGAAAUAUAAAACCAUGGAUGUCAUAGGUUACUUGAAGAGCAUAUUGGAGGAUGCCAGACCCUAUGCAAGAAUGAAACUGAUGAUAGUGGGUGUCCAAGGCAUCGGGAAGACAUCCCUCCUGGAGCAGCUACGGCAGGAAGGAACGGGCUCUUACAGGAAAAAGCCAGUGGAGCACUGGGCCAAGAGGAUGGGCAACAAGAACAUCAACACCCGCACCUCCCGAGGCACCAGCAUGUCAACCGUUGGUGUGGACAUUGGGGACUGGAUAUUUGAGAAGAAAAUAAGAGGCCACAGCAAUUAUGGUCCUGUUGUGUUCAGGACUUGGGACUUUGGGGGGCAGAAGGAGUACUAUGCCACACACCAGUACUUCCUGUCCAAGCGCUCCCUCUACCUGGUGGUGUGGAAGAUCAGUGAUGGGGAGCGAGGGGUGGCCGAGAUCCUGCAGUGGCUCGUCAACAUCCAGGCCCGAGCUCCCAACUCUCCAGUGCUCAUUGUGGGGACUCACUAUGACCUGGUGAAGGAGAAGUUCCCUCCGUCCUGGAGUGAAGACUUGCAGCAGAUGAUCCGUGACAAGUUCAUCAACGUGAUAGACGCCGACAAGUUGGGUCUUCCAAGAGUCCUGGACACCAUAGAGGUGAGCUGCAAGACGAGGCAUAACGUCAAGCUUCUCUGCAACUUGAUAUAUGACACUGUGUUCUGCCUCAAAACACCAGGGAGCAAAGAACGGCUCCUGGAGCAAAGGAUCCCUGCUUCCUACCUGGCCCUGGAGGACGUGAUAGGCGUGCUGGCCCUGGAGCGGCGGGUGCAGGGCCGUGACCCGGUGCUGACAGCAGACAAGUACCAGACCUUGGUGACCCAGGAGAUGUCCAGCCGAGGUCACCGCCCCUUCAGGGAUGUGGCGGAGCUCAACCAGGCCACCACCUUCCUGCAUGAGAAUGGUGUGAUGCUGCACUAUGAGGAUGCCACCCUCAAGGACCUGUACUUCCUGGACCCCCAGUGGCUCUGUGAUAUGCUGGCCCACGUGGUCACCAUCAGGGAGAUCAACCCUUUCGCUAGGAAUGGCAUUAUGAAGCUGGAUGACCUCAAGCAUGUGUUCAAGUCCUCAACGUGUGCCCCAAUGGAUGCCAAGUCUUAUAUAGUGAAUCUCCUCAACAAGUUUGAAGUGGCAUUGACAUGGGACAACAGGACACUGCUCAUUCCUUCCCUGCUGCCCGCAGAGGAACAGCUGCGUAGUGGCCUGCCUGGGACGGAUGUCAGGAUUCCUGUACGCUCAAGGGGCUGGGCCAUCAGAAACAAGAAGUUCUCUACCUCCACUGGAUCUACUAUAGUGGGGAACUCCUCCUUCUACAUGAGCAGCACUGAGGAACGCAAACCUCGGCCACUCUCCUCGCACGGCCUCACCACAGAAGCCAUAGGAAGUCCCAAGAAGGAAGGUGCUGAUGGCAGUCCUGCAGUAUGUCCUGAGCCGCCAGCAGUCCAGGUCACCCACCGCUCUGCCCCUCACGCCGCCAUUCGCCGCCUCCUCCUCAUGUCAUACUUCCCCUCUGGAUUCUGGUCUCGGCUGAUCACCCGCAUUCUUGCAGACGACGCUGUGGUGGACAUUGUCAGGAACUACUUUGUCAUGCCACGAGAGGUGUUGAAUGACCGAGGGCUGUCGUCAGUGCUGGGAGGGCAGGCAGAAUGGAUGUGCUGGCAGACAGGUAUGGAGCUGCACUACGCCCACACCACACUCUUCCGCAUGAGAGAAGUGCUGCCCUUCUCACAUGGCAUCCACCACAUGCCUCAUGGACAUGGGGGCCACCCACCUGGCUCCUCACAGCCCACCACACAAGCCAACCACCUGUAUUAUGACUACAAGAGCAUGCGUUUCCUCGUCCGCCAGGAGGGAAUGUGGUCAGAUGUAGAGGUGAACAACUCAGCUGUUUUAGAGAUUUGCCUUCCCAAUGAAGCUGUGGUGAUCAAGAGACCUUUCCAAGACAAGGAGGUGGCCAACCCUGCAGCAGACAUCCUUGCCAAUGGCAUCCAGAGUGUGGUGCUGGACCCGGCGCCGGAGUGCGUGGCCAAGCUGCUCUCCCUGGCCGUGGACCAUAUAGACACUCUGCUGGAGGACUGGUAUCCUACACUGGGCACACGCUUUGUUCACACCAGUGAAGGAAAGUUCCUAGUGACCCGCCUGGUGCCUUGUCCCGUGUGUCUGGAGUGCCACGGGCAGCAUGAGGGGCCGGGCAACCACCCCCAGGCCCGGCACCUCCCUGACAACUGGGGCUCCUUUGUUGAGAUGAACCCCCUGUACUGCUCCAUGACAGCCUCUCAGAUCUCCCAGGACCUGACUGCAUCCCACAGCUCCUCUCUUGAGCGCUCACUCCUCACUAACAGUCUCCUGGGAAGUCUGGCUCCGUCCCAGCAGGGCCAUCCUGCAACAAUGCCCUUUGGUAAUGUGGCUUCAUCACAACCUGGGGGCUGCAACUCUUCCUCGUCCACCCCUGCUGGAGGGGGUGGGGGUGUCUCCCCGGCUGGUGCUGCAGCAGGUGCUGGAGGCAACAUGUCGCCUCAGCUGCCAAGGCGUAGCUGGGGGUCCCGGGAGUCCUACACCUCAGAUGGGGACAGCGGUGUUGGGGCCGAGUCCACCACCUCCAGCCUACAAGGACCAAUAUUCAUAAGCACAAGGCAAAGUCAAAGGCUUCUUCUCAUCGCUGCCUCACCUGCCCUAUCCAGUCGCAAGGCGUCGGCGGAGGGGCGUCCAGACCUAGACAACAGUGCCAACAACGAAGGUGAAAGUACCGGCGCCCAGGAGGUGACACCGGUGGUCUACUCCUUCAUGGUGGAGGAGUGUAUCCUGGCUGCCUACACCGCCCGCUCCGUGCCGUGCCCACUCCACGCUGACUUGCUCCUGGCACAGAUUGCUCCUGAUACCGUGUUCCUGGAUCUUGGUGACCGGUACUUGGUGCGGCCAGAGGUCAUCAAACAAGGAAAGCUGCUUGGGCGUGGUGGCUUUGGGUUCGUCUUCCAGGGCUCGUGUCGCAACCGUCUCAAUGGAGGACCAAUGGACGUGGCCCUCAAGAUGCUGCAGCCUGUCGACCCGGGACCCAAUGCCCGGCAGAGUGCCAUUGUAGCCUUCAAGGCUGCCCAGAGCAAGUGGGAGAGAGACCCCCUACAGUAUGCCUGCAAAGCUUACUGCUCCGCCAGACAGGAGGUCAACAUUCUGCUCUCCUUACGGCACCAACACAUAGUGCCGCUGGUUGGGGUGUGUCCUCGCCCGCUGGCUCUGGUCCUGGAGCUGGCACCUCAGGGAGCGCUGGACCAGUGCCUCAAACACUACCAGCGGUCUGGCGGCAGACUGUCCCUCCCCACACUGCAGGCUGUGGUGCUGCAGGUGGCCAAAGCCCUGGAGUACCUGCACGGCCAACAUAUUAUCUACCGAGACCUGAAGAGUGAGAACGUGCUAGUGUGGGAGCUGCCACCGCCCUUCCACCACCAGCCUCACCCUCGGGUGGAUGUUCGCCUGGCAGACUAUGGCAUCAGCCGGGCCAGCUUACCCACAGGCACCAAGGGCUUCGGAGGCACGGAGGGCUUCAUGGCGCCGGAGAUGAUGAGACACAAUGGGGAGGAAGAAUACACAGAAAAGGUGGACUGCUUCUCCUUUGGGAUGUUUAUGUAUGAGCUGCUCACGACACACCAGCCGUACGAACACUGUGAUAAUGUGAAGGAACACGUAUUGGAGGGAGGACGCCCAGCACUCACACACAGGGAAACAGAGUACCCAGUGUAUGUGCUGGACUUGAUGGUGAUGUGUUGGUCGCAGCAGCCAAGGUUCAGACCCUCAGCCUCACAGAUUGUCUCCAUCGCCUCGGCUCCGGAGUUCACUCACCUGCUGGACGUGGCCUCUCUUGACCACUCCCUCAACAUUAUUGAUGCCAUCAGGGUGCCUCCAACCUACGUCAAGGAUGAAGAUGGGGAGUUGGUGAUGCGUGAGCUGGGGAACAUCUGGGUGAGCCGCACCUCCCCUCAGCUGGACAUGGUUGGGGCCGGGGAGUGGGGCUGGGCAGGAUACACCAGCAUAGAAGGACUGCCAGACACCAUCACUGCCAUGUGUUGUGUGGGUGAGCACGUCUGGCUGGGCGACAGUGCCGGCAACAUUCACGGCUACAACACGGUGGACUACUGCCGAGUGUUCAGCUAUUGCUUAGAGCCAGAUGCCCCUCAGUCCUCCCCUGUGCGCUCCCUCUGCAGCCUCCAUGCCCUGGGUCGGGUGGCUGUAGCUCUCCUGAAUGGUCGCCUUUUCCUGUGUAGCUCAGACGUCACACCCACCUCCCCUGUUCUGGGCGAGGGCAGCUUUGUCAUGACAGAGUUGGCCGGCUCAACACAUGAGAUCCACUGCCUUGCUGUUACCCAGACUGACAACACUUGGUCACUAUGGUGUGGGGGCAGCCAGGGCACCAUGAGUGUGUUCUGCCUGCGGGACGAUGGUCUGGUGACGAGUCAAGAUGCUGUGUCGCACUUCACCACCUCAACACCUCCAGCAAAUGAUUCCUCCGCUGAUGUGUUGAUACUUCACGCUCCACAGAACCUCUCCACAGUCUCUGCUCAUCUCAGAAACUCCAUCUGGUCUUAUGUCUAUCCUGGGUGUGUUGUGUAUCACUGGGAUGCCAGGGAUCAGAAAGUAGUGAAUCGACUAGACUGCUCCAAGCUGGUGCCAUGUUCUGAAAGCCUGCAGUCCAUCAGCAUAGAGGAGCAUCUGUCCCCAUCACACUGCCAGGUGACGGCAGUGGCUGUGUGUGGCAGUGAGGUCUAUGUGGGCACCACAUGGGGCUGUGUGGUGGUGGCAGAGGCUGAGUCAAUGCGUCCCAUCACUGUGUUCAGGCCGUAUGAAAAUGAGGUUCGUGCAAUAGUUCCUCUUCCUCCAGCAUCUGUGGUCUUGGAUCCAGGCAGCUCUGAGGACCAGACAGAUGGAUUUAGUGGGGACAGGGAAGGGAUGCCAAGUCCCACUCCUCUGCUGGCCACCAUAGGGAAGGGUUACAGGAACCUCUUGGGCCGCUAUGCACCCAUGCCCAGGUCAGCUCAUCCUGAGCCAGCACAGGCACAGAGGGCCAUGUAUUGCUUACUUUGGAGAGCACAUCACUGGCUUAACACAUGAGGGACACUACAAAAUAUAUAUAUAUAUAUAUAUAUAUAUAUAUAUAUAUAUAUAUAUAUAUAUAUAUAUAUAUAUAUAUAUAUAUAUAUAUAUAUAUAUAUAUAUAUAUACACACACACACACACACACACACACAUAUAUAUAAAUAUAUAUGAAUAAAUAGUAAGGAAAGCCUUUUGCACAGUCUCUGUGAGACUAAGUUUUGCAAAUAUUAAAGUGAAUAAGUUUGCUGUGCAUUAUAGCUCAAAUUGCCUCAAGUCACAAUGUUAACCAAGACAAGGUUGUACUCAUAUCACUACUGACCUGUUGUGGCUGUCAUCAUUGCUUGUAUAGACUUGCAUCCUGUCAGGAUAUAUAACUCCUGAUACAAGAGUGGUAUAACAAUUCUCUACCAUGAGGUGUACAGCUGAAGCCAUCCUGUUGAAGCUACAAGACAAACACUCCUGCUGGGGCCAGGGACGGCUCUUCUCUGGCCUUAGCGUAGGAACAUCACUGAUGUGCAUUUUAGCGUUACUUAAGAAAUGUGACUUCCGUAAUUAAUGUUUAAAAGGUUGUUGAAAUAUUUUUGAAGUUACAAAGUACAUUUUUUUGUAAAUGUGUUAAUAAUGCCAUAUAUAUGUUAAUUAUUUUCCCAUGCAGUUUUAAAAGAUAUUUGCCUUAAAAAUCACCUACAUAAUAAGAGGCAACUGAAGUGAUCCUCUAACCAAAAAGCCUACUUAAGUAAGAUGUGGGAGUGAGCCUUAGUGAGCCUCAGUGUUAGUGCAGUGUGGGCAGACUGGAGCACCCACACACCUUGUGAUGGCUGGAGGGGAGAGCCACACUCCAAUAGUUCUGCAAAUUUCUAAAUAACUCACAAUACUCCGUGGCUUUAAAUACUCAGUGAUAAGUAAAGAAAUGCAUUUUGUGUUUCUUUCUAAAAUAGAGAAUCAUUCAUUGGCUACUUAAUUCCUUUGAAAUUUGGUGUUAAAGAAUCAGAAUUUUUACUUGCUGGUAAUUAGGAUGCUAGGUGCUGCCCCAGACUCACAAGGUGUGCUGGAGCUGUGUCUGAAGGUAUAUGCUGCCAGGCUGCUGUGAAGGGAGGCUCCGAGAUAUUAUAAUGGUCGAGGGUGAAGGGGGGGACGACGUCAGCAUGUGUUUUUUGCAGUUAAUAUUUGUACCAAAGAUGGUUAUUUCAUGGAAUCUAGUAGUGUACAUAGCUCAUCUUAAGUUGUCUUAUUGUAUUUAUAUUGAUUUUUUUUCAACAUGGCACAAGUGUGUACUGCUAAACCUUGAUCACACUACAACUACUUGUACUGCUGCCACCACUACAACAUGUACUACUUCACCACCACUGUUUAUCACACACUUAUACUACUACUACUACUACUACUACUACUACUACUACUACUACUACUUUUUACACUAGUACUACUGCUUUUAGUACUAUGAUCACAGCACAUUACAUAAACUUAUUACUUCUACUUUCAUAACAGUAACCACUACUACUUAAACUACCACCACCACUACUCCUGUCACUACCACUCUGUUACACAAUUAGAUGAACUGAAUCUUGAUGAAAUUAUUGGGCAGAUCUGAUGAGGUUCUUCACUCCAUCCAUUCACUCACACAAGUCUUGCUUUCAGAUCGCCACUGUCUGGAGGCAUAAUAUUAUAAUCACCCUGUUAAUCUUGUUCUCUAGUCAUGCAACCAUUUAUUGUGAUAACUUUUUCUUAGCAGUUCAUCUUUCCUUCUCAUUCUUUGUGUAUCUGUAAAAGUGGAGGAAUGUUUGAGCAGUUCCCUGGAGCCAGCAAUUUGUUAUGAUAUAUAUUUUGUAAUCAAAGCAUCGUUCGCUGAGUCACCAGUCUCCACUUAACACUAUUUAUAAAGGAUCUUACUUUUUACUAUCAGGAAUUAUAUAUAUUUUGAGUAUAUGUGAAGCCCAUUAGGAGGUCUUUCCUUUCAUGAGUCUGUAAUAACAAGGUCCAUCUCCUGAUUCAUUGACAUGGUUUGGGAGAAGCAGUGACUUGUCCAUCCAGAUGACCAGUAACAAAAUUUUAAAUACCAAAUUAAAUAUAAAUAUACU